UUCUGUGUCUAAAUCAAUUUAUACCAGUUUACAAAAUAUCUUUCCUAAAUAUCUAAACAUCCUUAUCCUCCCUCACUCACUCUGUCGACAUCUCUCUCUCUCAUUACACUUUUUCAUUUUCCCUUCCUUCUUCUUCUGCAGACCCAUUUCCUACUUCUUCUAUAUAUUAUGUUUUCUUCACCUCUUCUUUCUACUUCUUCUAUUAUUCUCCAAAAGCUGCAGCACACAAACCUUUUCUAUUUUCUUCCCACCACCAUCGUGCCUCCCUCUCUCUCGAUGGAACCAGCCCCAUGUCUUCUCAUUCCUCUCAUCAUCAACGUUUUCCUCUCCACCAUGGCUGACCCUUUCUUCCUCUUCAUGUUCAGCACCCACACAUCACCAUCCACUUCUCUUCAUCAUCAUCUCAUAACAAGCACCCAUUCUUUCACCUCAUACACCAUCACCAUUUUCCUCUCCUUUGCUGUCCACGCACACCAUGUUUCUUCUUCCUCUAUCAACCAUGGCAGCACCCCAUCAUCAACAUGUUCUUCUUCUUCUCCAACCAUGGAACCAUUACCUUCACUUCCUUCCCCCAUGAGCAAGCCGUCACCACUCUUCUCUCCAUGGAUCUGAAUCAGGAGCUCUUCUCCUUGGCUGCGGCACCAUCAUGUCUUCUUCUUCUUUCUUCCUCACGAAGCCACCACCGAUGGCCACCCACAACACCAUCAUGGACGCACCACAUGAACCACCACCAUGGGUCUCUCUUUCCAGCCGAGAGCACCACCUCCAUGGCCACGAAGCAAGCACAGAGAAACGACAAAGGAACCAUGAAAGAAAACAGGGGAGAACGACGUUAAAACGCCACCGCCGACAUCGCAAACUUCGACCUUCGAUUCCGGUGUACUCGAACCUCCGUUCACAGCGAGGUUAGUACCAUUGGAACCCUUGCGACGUCCACAACAAAACCCAUAUUCCGGAUCGUCGUUCCGUCGCCGUCGACCACCGCCGCUGCCGCCUUCGAGAGCUCUUUCCGGUCAACUCCGGCGACCGAUGGAAAAACGGAGGAUACUGCUACGAUUCUUGCCGUGAGGAGAGCAAAACCCUAUUUUUAAUUUCAUAUUUGGGUCAUUUUAUUCAACGACCCUGGCGACCACCGUCGACCUUCGGCUGAACUUUCUGGGCAAACCAUCGGCUCUUUGGGGAAACGGACAACGCCAUUGAGUUUCUGGCCGCGAAAGGAUGAAGGUACAACCUUCCUUUGUGUCUUCGGCGACAGUUCAUCCGUCAACCCCGUGAGCCGCAACUUUCUUUAGCGACCCUUCGCCGACAAGUUUCCGAAACUUGAUUUUCGGUACGAAUAACGGGAGCGCUUGACGACGAAGAUAAAGAAAACGAACCGACACGGGAAAGCAAAGAUGUGUUGGGAUUGGAAUUGCAGUUAGUAUGGGAAUUGGCUAAGGUGAGGGCUACUCACUGAAUACUAGAUAAUGCUUUAGGUGUCGACGAAUUCGACUUGAUUUAUUGUUUAUGCACUUGAUUGUGAUUGACUGGGAAAUGUUUUCUGAGGCUUCGGCUAACAAUGAUGAUUGUUUAUCGCUGGAUUUGUUUUUGAGAUUGAUUUACAUGCUAUGUGCUAAAUGGUUAAUCUAGGAUGUGUUGAUAUUGAUUUACAUGCUAUGUGCUAAAUGGUUAAUCUAGGAUGUGUUGAUAUAUGUGCCAUGACUGUUGGAUUGUGUUACUUUGAUUAUGCAAUUACACAUAUAUCUGUUGUACGUCAGAGUGAGGAUAACGGGCAGUUAUGUCACACUUAUCAUGAGAUUUUGGGAAAGUUUGACGGGACGAACGGAGGUUCGGGCCCUUAAUAAUAUUUUAGUGGAUCGAGACCUUCUCUGGGAAUUACUUAGGAUUAUGGGAUCUCUUAAACUCAUAAGAUUAGAGACAAACCUAAAUGGAAACUAUUUUACAAGGAAAAUUCAUAAGACACUAAACAACCUCUGAACCCUUUGAAUAAUGAUAACAAUCUUAGAUGAAAGCUUAGGGUUUGUAUAUUAGCUUUGGAAAAUGAGAAGUGUCGCCGAAUCCAAGAUUUAGGAAAACUAAUAAGUUUCUGAGUAUUUUAUACUCUUUGCACGAUGAGCAGUUUAUUUAUUUGACUAUCUAAAGGAUAAGUCAGGGGACUAUAAGUUUCCAAGUACAUUUUUACUCUUUGCUCGCUGAGCAGUUUUUGACCAUCGGAAUUAGAUGAGUCGGAUGACUCGAGAAGUUAUCACGAGUGAUUGCACUCAUUUUUAUAAUUGAUUGUCUUUUGUCGCAGAAUCGACAUUUACCUUAGGGUAUUCUUUUUAGAGACAAUAAGUUAGCUAGAACACGUGACGAUGUGACGAGUGAGGUCGGAGACGUUGUUUGACUAAUCAGGUUGCAUUCAUUCACACAUUUCUGGGGUUAAUACACGGCGAGAAGUCGGACCUCGAUGGAUUCCAAAAUGGUCCUAAGACCCGGAUUUCCAUAUAAGAACACUACGGUAAUUCUUAGUAGCAGACAGAAAUGGCAGGCCUUCGGGUAUACUGCUGAUCUGACUACAUUUUGUUUGGUAUAAGAAACGCCCGUGCAGAAAUGGUCCCACUUUGGCCGGUGCUAGGAUUGACUCGAUGGUGCCCAUCCUUCCGGAUUGCAUCUUGUUCAUCAUCAUCUCAUUCAUGCACCAUGCAUACUGACUUAGUUGCCGAGUGUGAUUGUUACUUGUUAAUCUUACUUGAUACAUGUUAUUUGUCAGUAAUUAUCAUUUACAUUCAAUUGGAAGAUAUACAAUUUAUAAUGCUAUCACAAACUUCUAAGCCUAAGUAGCUAUCCCUUAAACUUUAUCUACUGGGUGUAUUAUUUAAGUAAUUCCUUGAGUUGACCCUCGCACCAUCUGUUUGUGUUUUGGCGGACUACGCCCAUUGUCACACAACGAUAGGUGGUGAUGCGAGCAGAUGUUAUUCCAUGUCGAAGAACUAUAGAAGACUCGAAGAAUAGAGUCGGGUGUAAGGCUAGAGCCUUUUGGGUAAAGAGCUUAUCAUUGUUGGUUAAAGCUUAUAGGAUUAUUUUAUAAGUAUUGUUUGAAGUUUUGGGUAGGUUCUGGUGCAUUGCUAUCUUGCGAUUCUCCGAUGUGGAAAUCGUAGGGAGUGUAUCAGAUUUAUGAGUCAUUGCAUAAUAGAUUCCUCGUUGAAUCUAAUUCUAUUCGUUAGGUUUGUAAGUUGGGUUCAUCUGUUGUUACUUCCAGGUACUUGCCUUGUUUAAGGCUGGAUGUAAAUUUAUAUACAGUUGGGAGUAUGCACUUCAUGAUUUAGAAAUACUUUGAAAAGAAAAAAAAAAUACUCGCAAUUAUAAAUCUCUUUUAGAAAAUAUUGCAUAUUUACUUUAAUAGGUUACUAAAGUGACCCCCGGAAAUCGGGGUGUUACAUAGCUAUCACUAAGAUUCACUCUCUUAGUCUUCUCUAGGAUCUGACCAACCUUGGUCUCCUAAAGGAAAAUCAAACAACUGUUUGAAGGUUUGGGUUUACAAAGAAAUGCUUCUUAGAAAGCUAAUAGUAAACACAAUUAAUACAAUGUGAAGAAAGAAUGCUUUUAGAGAAUAUUUGAUUUUCGCGUGAGCUUCUACAAAGUUUCUUCCGAAAAGCAUCUUUCAUCUUCAGCCUCUUAAUAUACUCCAAGGAAUUAGGUUUGGAAGUUUGCAUGGAAUGCUACCGUUGGAGGGCAGAUCUGGGUUUUCCAGGUUCUGCUGUGACUGAAUCAGUUAGGUAAGGUCGUCAGGAAUGGUAUAAUAGCUUUUGUACUUUGGAUAGUGACAUGACCUUUAUCCUUGUUGACUUCUGAUUAGAGUGAUGCUUCAUAUUGGAACUUGUGAAGCUUGGUGAUCAGAGUCAGAAGGAAGCUUGGAUCCUCUGACCUUUGUACCUUCUGCUUCUGGACUCAGAGGAGAAGUACUUAGUCUUUAGAGCCAGCUUACUCUUGGACUUCAGAAUCUUCACUACUCAGCUUAUGGACCUUCAGAGCUUCUCAUCCUUCAGAGCUUCUGAUCCUUCAGAGCGUCUGAUCCUUUAGAGCGUCUGAUCCUUCAGAGCUUCUAGUGAACUGAAUCCAUAUCAGAGCUUUAUAAUCUUCAGAUCUUCUAAAGCUUGAUCUACUGUUCAGAUUGAACAUAGUACGUGCAAAAGCGUUGCAGAGGUUACUCUUAGAGCAUUGUGCUUCUGAAUUAUGUGAAAUAAGACCAGAGUCAUGGCCUGUCAUUAGAACACUCAGAAAACAACGUAAGAGUACCAUAAUUGUUCAUACAUAAUAGUUAACAUGUAAUCAUCAAAACAUAGAGUUGUACUACUAGAUCAAAACUUGAUCUUACACUUAUUUGAUCCACCAUUGGCAAACUGUGUCAUCUCGACCACCUGACCCUCCGGUCCCGCCGUCGAGUCCCACUGACUCUUCGCCUUCCUUAUCGGCUCUGUCUCCCCUCCUGCUUCUCCCUCGCCUUUGCCCUUGCCUCUGGUCCCACCUGCACCACCCGUACGGACCAUGACUACCCGUAGCAUGCACGACAUUUCCCAACCUAAAAAGCCUUUUAGCCUUUCGGUCUCUAUUGAUGACCCGUUCAUCUCACCCUUGCCUCGUAACCCAAAACAAGCCUUAUCCGAUCCUAGUUGGAAGUUCGCUAUACAGUCUGAAUUUAAUGCUCUUAUUAGAAAUAAUAUGUGGGAGUUGGUUCCCCGUCCUUUUGAUGUUAAUGUUAUUCGUUGUAUGUGGAUUUUUCGCCAUAAAAAGCAGUCUAAUGGUUUGUUUACGCGUGAUAAGGCUCGUCUUGUAGGUGAUGACAGGUCUUAGAUUGCAGGUGUGGAUUGUGACGAGACUUUCAGCCCCAUGGUGAAACCGGCUACCAUACGGACAGUUCUCAGCAUUGCUCUCUCCUAAUCCUGACCCAUUCAUCAGUUGGAUGUCCAGAAUGCCUUUCUGCUUGGUGAUCUCCAUGAGACUGUCUACAUGCAUCAGUCAUUGGGUUUCCGCGACUCUCAGCACCCGGACUAUGUCUGCCGUCUGAAGAAGUCUCUUUAUGGUCUGAAACAAACGCCUCGUGCUUGGUAUCAACGGUUUGCUGACUAUGUUUCCUCUAUUGGCCUCCAACACAUCAGUUCAGAUCAUUCCUUUUUUAUCUUCCGGUGGGGUACUGACAUUGCCUAUAUUCUGCUAUAUGUUGAUGACAUCAUCCUCGUUGCUUCAUCUCAUGAUCUCCGCAAAUUCUUUAUGGAACUUCUUGCAUCUGAAUUUGCUAUGAAGGAUCUGGGUCCUCUGAGUUAUUUCCCUGGCAUCGCUGUCACUCGGCAUGCCGGUGGUCUUUUCCUCAGUCAGAGCACUUAUGUCAGUGAGAUCAUUGCCCGCGUUGGCAUGGCGUCGUGCAACCCUUUUGCUACUCUGGUUGACACCAAGCAGAAGCUCAGUUCUUCUUCUAGGACUCCUUGUGAGGAUGCCACUUUGUAUCGGAGUCUUGCUGGGGCCUUACAGUACCUCACAUUCACUCGUCCAGACAUUUCCUAUGAUGUUCAGCAGGUGUGCUUACACAUGCAUGCUCCCCACACCGACUAUAUGCUUGCUCUCAAGCGCGUCUUACGCUAUGUUCGUGGCACUCUGACUUACGGUCUUCACUUGUAUCCCUCCCCUAUUAAGAAACUUGUUUCUUAUACAGAUGCUGACUGGGGGGAUGUCCUGACACCAGACGCUCUACUUCUGGCUACUGUGUUUUCCUCGGUGACAAUCUUAUUUCUUGGUCAUCUAAGCGGCAACCCACCCUAUCUUGCUCUAGUGCUGAAGCUGAAUACCGGGGUGUUGCUAAUGUUGUCUCCGAGUCUUGUUGGAUCCGCAUUUUACUUCUGGAGCUUCACUUUCCACUAUCUCAGGCAACAUUUGUUUACUGUGACAAUGUUAGUGCCAUCUACCUCUCUGGAAAUCCCGUGCACCAUCAGCCUACCAAACAUAUAGAGAUGGAUAUCCACUUUGUUCGGGAAAAGGUCGCGCGUGGCCAGACUCGCGUCCUUCAUGUUCCUUCCCGUCAUCAGAUUGCAGACAUAUUUACCAAGGGCCUUCCUCGGGUCCUCUUUGAUGAUUUUCGUUCCAGUAUCAGCGUCGGUGAAUCUCCCGCUUCGACUGCGGGGGUGUGAUAGAAUAGAAUAUUAUUGUAUUUAUUCUUAUAUAAUUAUGCCUAUAAUUAGAGUUUAGAUUUUAUUAUUAGUCAACAGUGUAUUUGUAUAAAUAGGGUGUUUACCCAUCAAUAUUAUUCAUGGAAAACAUUUCCUUCGAAAUGUAAUUACAAAAAGUUUCAAUAUG